UCAUGUGUGUGCGCACGAGAGAACAACUCAAAGAGAAGGAGAUCGGUCGUGUAAUUUGGGGGGGUUCAUGUUCUGGUAAUCACUUUUCCAUCGCUCGUGAAAUCUCAAUCUCGCAGUUGGGGGAUCCUGAUUCCUGACACCGCACAAUGGCGUACGAAGACAAUCCGUACCGUGACGAAGAUGGGGAGCCAUUGAUGGACUACGACGACUUUGGAGCUGGUCGCGACCCGUCCCCCGAGCCCCUCCAAGAUGACGUCCUGGAAGAUAACGACGAUUGGCCCGACCGAGGUCGGUCCCAGACCCCCGUCCACGACGAUCUAUCGUCGUUGAAAUCGAAGCCGAGGAAGCGGCUGAUCAAGAAGGGCCACGUGGGAAAACUGCCUGUGAGCUCUGAUUUGGUGGACGAUGACGGCGAUGGCGACGAAGGCAAUCGGAAGAGGUUGAAGAAGGAGAAGAGGCAUAAGGAGGAGAAGAGGGGGUCCAAAUUUCCCAGGAGAUCCUCAUCUGAAAAGGCGGCAAUGGAUGGUGAGGUCAAGGAGAUGUGGGACACCAUCGCCGGAGGCGAUUCUGAGGAUGAUCAAGAGGGUGUCAGGAAUUAUGAUGACGACAACUUUAUAGAUGACACUGGUGUGCAUCCUUCUGAUCGGUAUAGAAGUGACAAUGAACCACGUUCUCCUAGUCACCAUCCUCAGGCUGAAGAGGGUGAGGAAGAUGAUGAAAUUAAGGAUAUGUUUAAGAUGGGUAAGAAAAGGAAGAAGAAUGAAAAAAGUCCUGCAGAAGUAGCAUUCCUGGUUGAGAAGGUCAUGGCUGAGCUCGAAGUUACAGCAGAAGAGGAUGCAGAUUUAAAUAGACAGGGAAAACCUGCCAUUAGUAAGCUCAAGAAGUUGCCUCUUCUUACAAAGGUCCUGUCAAAGAAGCAGCUUCAACAGGAGUUUUUAGACCAUGGAGUGUUAACUCUACUGAAGAAUUGGCUUGAACCUCUCCCAGAUGGAAGUUUACCAAACAUAAAUAUACGUGCAGCAAUUUUACAGAUUUUGACUGAUUUCCCUAUAAAUCUAGAGCAGUAUGAUAGAAGGGAACAACUGAAAAGUGGUCUCGGAAAGGUCAUUAUGUUUUUGUCAAAGUCUGAUGAAGAAACAACUUCCAACAGAAAACUUGCCAAGGAAUUGGUUGACAAAUGGAGUCGACCUAUAUUUAAUAAAAGUACAAGGUUUGAGGAUAUGAGAAACGUUGACGAUGAGAGGGUUCCAUUUAGAAGGCCAACAAUGAAAAAGCCAGUGAGUAAUGGCACAGGAAUGGAAUCUAGAGAUGAUGUGGAUGAAUUUUCAAGGGAAAGAAAAUCUGGCCAAUCAUCUUCUCGGCAACAUGCCUCAAGGCCAGAAGCGACGCCAAUGGAUUUCCUGGUGCGGCCACAAUCCAAGAUCGAUCCUGAUGAAAUUAGGGCAUGUGCUAAACAAGGGAUACAAGAUCAGCACCGUAUGAAGAUGAAUAGGAAGUUACAGCAGUUGAAAGCACCAAAGAAAAAGCAGCUACAGGCCACGAGAUUAAGCGUGGAGGGUCGUGGUAUGGUCAAGUAUUUGUGAUUUUACCAAACAUUCAGAUAUAUUGCUUUACUCCGCCACCGUCUAGGGUGCAGUACAAUACUGCAAAGUGCAUUGUGCAUACAUACUUUUAUAUGUCACAAAUAUUCGCAUUUCAUUCGCUUGAAGGUACAAAGUU